UUUAUGUAUUGCGGCCCGCCACCCAAACGAGAUAUUCACGCUUCUGCAGGGACAACGACGACGGUGACACGCAGCAUUGGGGAAUCAACAUGUCAGGCAACUCAUGUCCUUCUUUUGCAGCUCAUUCCCCUCGACGACGAGCGGAUCUCUACUGUUGUCGAAGGUCGUAGCUUCGAGGCCACGCUUGCAGUUUUUGUAUCCCCGCGAAUGCUUUAGUCCGCCGCUGCAGAGACGAAGGUCCUCCCAGAGGUUGAUAGCUACGUCUGCUAGGGAGCUGGAAGCUUGGUUUUUUAAUGCUGUUACGGAUUUUGGGGGUUGUGAGACGUGCUCGACGAGACGAAGGACGACUUUCUUUACGUCGAGGAGGCCUUCAGUUAGAGUUGGGAGGGGUUUAAUGGGCGCUUCUGGGUUUCGAAGACAAGGACAUAUCACUGGUGCAAGGAAGGAGAUACAAAGAGCUGUUGAAGCAGAGCCAAAUGUUGACGCAGAGUCAAACCGAACCGGGGAAGAUGUCCAAGAACAUGUUGAACCAGAACCAAAUCGGACCCGAGAAGAGCUUCUGGCAUUGGUGGAUCAGUAUAAAGGAGAAUCAUUUACAGAUCAGCUCCCCCUGCUGGAGCUCCCAAAGCUGUACCAACCCAGUGAUGGACCGCAUCUCACUGUGUCAGACAAACCCCAGGACGAAUGGCCUCCUCCAAAUUAUACCUGGCCUGCUAAUACGGAGACCAAGGUCAAAAUCAACGAGCUUAAAGAAGCUCUCAAGGAUUUCCAUAAUCCUCCCGAACUCAUAUUCGAGCUAUAUCGAGCCCUCCCCGAACCUCGAGUCCCCUACCUCAGCGCCAAAACACGGCACAGGAUGCUUCGCCAUCUCUCAAUUGUGGAACGGAAAGACGAAAACUCAAUGUUGAGAUACAUGUCUGUUAUUGAUGAUGUGAAGGAAGCUGCUAUUCCUCUGAGUGUGAAAGAAUGGACCAGCGCACUGUCUUUCGCCUCUCGAUACGUUGCUAGGUCUACCGAUGUGGAAGUCGAAGCAGCACUGACUAUGUGGAGAGAUAUGGAGCAUAUAGCAGGAGUUAAGGGCAGUGCCGCUACUUUUAAUGUCCUAUUCGAUGUGUCCUGCAAGGCUGGCAAGUUCACCCUUGCAGAGAUGAUAUAUAAAGAGAUGGAACGGCGAGGACUCGAAUACGACCGUUACCAUCAUGUGAGCAUGAUAUUCUACUACGGGCUUCAAAGAAGUGGAGAUGGUGCUCGUGCAGCGUACAAGGACCUGAUUGAAGCAGACGAAAUCGUUGAUACCGUGGUCCUGAACGCGAUGAUCUCUGCACUUCUCCGGUCCAAUGAAGCGGAAGCAGCAGAGAAUGUGUACGAGCGCAUGAAAAAAGCCCACAUAGAACGUUCAAAUUCUCGACUACCACCUCGAGAUUACAAAGACCGUCGCGAAAUCAACAAUUCUUUGCUAAAGUUGGCGUCAGCUGUAAAGAGGGGUGAGGUCAAGAGAGAAGAUGCUCAACGAACCUCUACCAUUGCUCCUGAUCUACACACAUAUCGGAUACUUGUAAAUUACUUUGCGGUGCAAGCUGGAGAGCUUGACAGGACAGCGAAAUAUCUCGACGAGAUGAAAUGGUUUGAACUUCCACUUCACGGCGCUCUUUUCAAUGCGCUUUUCAGGGGAUUUGCGACCCAUGGCGGCAUUCGUUACACUCACUGGACCGAGAAGAGACUCGAGAGCGUGUGGAAAUCCUUCUCGGAGGCGUUAAACGCCAAUGUGGAGGGCUUAUACAUAUCUAGGUGGAUGGCGGCAUGGUUGCUCAGAGCUUUUGCGAAGUGCUCGGGGAAGCCUAGAACCAUUGCCGUGUGGGAAGAGAUUAGAGCCAAAUGGGACCCUGGCGAAGCAGAUUUGGAUUUUAUGAUGGGCAUUCUGCAGAGGAUACUUGAAGCUCCGGAUAUGGCCGUGAAGCGCCAUGAUUGGGUGUUGGGGUCCUUGUAAAGUACAAUGUAAAAUAUAUGAAGGAUGUACAUACAAGUAUCUCAAUAUAAUGUACAACGCAGUAUUCCUCCUU